UGUGUCUGUCUGAAACCCGAGGCAGAAACACAGAGACAAACAUCUCUUCCUCUCUCUCUUCCCAUAAAGAUCUCAACAUCACUCUCACUCUUUUUCUUCUUUCAACAUUUUUUAUCUGCAACAGUUAAAAAAAAUCUCACACAACCCUCCUUAAGAGGCCAAGAGCAGAGAACGCAAGCUGCACAUUUCCUUCUUCUUCUUCUUCUUCUGGGCAGUUCUAACCUGUUUUGUCUUUGGACACCAAAUCUAAAUGGCAGAGGCAGAGAGCUUUGUGCCUUUUCAAGGCAUAAAGAAUGACGUCAAAGGAAGAGUCAGAUGCUACAAACAUGACUGGACCAGUGGUUUCAGAGCUGGAUUCAGGAUUCUGGCACCAACAACUUACAUAUUCUUUGCAUCCGCCAUUCCUGUGAUUACAUUUGGAGAGCAGCUGGAGAGAGAUACUGAUGGGAAGAUAACAGCUGUUCAAACCUUAGUUUCAACUGCAUUAUGUGGAGUGACACAUUCCAUUAUAGGAGGCCAGCCAUUGUUGAUUCUCGGUGUUGCAGAGCCUACUGUUAUAAUGUACACCUUCAUGUUCAACUUCGCCAAAAACAGACAAGACUUGGGGUCUAAUCUCUUUCUUGCGUGGACCGGAUGGGUUUGCUUGUGGACGGGGCUCUUAUUGUUCUUGUUAGCUAUACUAGGCGCUUGCUCCUUUAUCAAUCGGUUUACACGUCUUGCUGGAGAGCUUUUUGGUAUCUUGAUAGCAAUGCUUUUCAUGCAAGAAGCCAUUAGAGGCGUUGUGGAUGAGUUUGGUGUCCCUGGAAGAACAAAUCCUACUUCAGCUCAGUUCCAACCUGCUUGGGUGUUUGCAAAUGGAAUGUUCGGUUUGGUUUUGUCUUUUGGACUUCUUUAUACCGCUCUGAAAAGCCGUAAAGCAAGGUCUUGGAGAUUUGGUGCUGAAUGGUUGAGAGGGUUUAUAGCAGACUAUGGUGUGCCAGUGAUGGUGGUAGUGUGGACUUGUGUAUCAUACAUACCUUGGAAGAGUGUUCCUCAAGGGAUACCAAGACGUCUCGUUAGUCCUAAUCCAUGGUCUCCUGGUGCUUAUCAGAAUUGGACUGUCAUUAAGGAGAUGCUGGAUGUGCCUGUGGUUUACAUUAUCUUAGCGUUGGUUCCAGCGUCAAUGAUCGCUGUUCUUUACUACUUUGACCAUAGUGUAGCUUCACAGCUAGCACAACAGGAAGAUUUUAACCUGAGGAAGCCACCUUCUUUUCAUUAUGAUCUGCUUCUUCUAGGCUUCUUGACAAUCUUAUGUGGUCUCCUUGGGAUCCCUCCAUCUAAUGGUGUCAUCCCACAAUCACCAAUGCACACCAAAAGCUUAGCAACACUGAAACACCAGUUACUACGAAACAAACUCGUGGCAGCUGCGCGAAAAUGCAUCAGAAACAAAGCAACGUUAGGAGAAGUCUACGGAAGCAUGGAAGAAGCUUACCAGCAAAUGCAAAGCCCUCUGAUACACCAAGGAGCUUCUCGGAUUCAGGGACUCAAACAGUCACAAAUGCAGAAGGGUUUAGGAUCAGUAAACGCAGAUACGCUGGUUGAUGAAGCAGUUUUCGAUGUGGAGACAGAAGUGGAGAAUGUGUUGCCAGUGGAAGUAAAAGAGCAAAGACUAAGCAACUUUCUUCAAGCUAUGUUGGUUGCUGGAUGCGUUGCAGCGAUGCCGUUGAUCAAAAGGAUCCCUAGUUCGGUUCUUUGGGGUUACUUUGCUUACAUGGCUAUUGAAAGCCUCCCAGGGAAUCAGUUCUGGGAGAGGAUUGUGCUUCUCUUCACUGCUCCAAGCAGGAGAUUCAAAGUUCUCGAGGAUAACCAUGCGGUGUUUGUUGAAACGGUGCCGUUUAAGACGAUGGCGAUGUUUACUUUGUUUCAAACGGGGUACUUGCUGGUCUGCUUUGGGAUCACGUGGGUUCCGGUGGCUGGUGUUUUGUUCCCGUUGAUGAUAAUGUUUCUUGUUCCGGUUAGGCAAUACGUGUUGCCUAACUUCUUUAAAGGAGCUCAUCUUCAGGACUUGGACGCUGCAGAGUAUGAAGAAGCUCCUGCUCUCUUAUCAUUCAACCUCAAACCAGAAGGGGAAGUGAGCCGUGCGACGUCGUUUGCGGACAGUGGAGAAGUGAUGGACGGGAUGUUCACGAGGAGCAGAGGAGAGAUAAGGAGAGUGAACAGCAUUAAGCUCGCUGGCAGCGUAGGAGGUGGAUCAACGGGAGGCUCGCCUGCGGGUGGAGUGGAGUUGAUGAGAAGAGUGGUGAGUUUUCAGAAUCCUAGAGUUUCGGAGAAAGUGUAUAUACGGAGCUUAAGUGAUUACAGAGGAGGAGGAGAGAGUAGUCCGAGGUCGCCAGCUGGAAGAGCUCCUCUCAGUCCACGAUUUGCGGCUGCGGGAGGUGGAGAACAGAGACUUUCUAAUUUAGGAAAGUCUGUUUAGUCAAACAUUUAGUGUCUUAAAUUCAUAUUCGUAACCGAUGACUCUACGAAGCCUAUCUGUCUGUUAUAAUGAAAUUACUGAAAUGAAAAAGGAAAAAGGAAGAUUAUUGCUGAGAAUUUAAUUAUUUCAGUAAAACAUUUCUCCUUUUCUUU